CAUUUUUCCUGUCACGUACCGGGGGGAAGGUUGUAUUUGGGGGUUGUUUACUUCCGUAACCUCAGACGCAGGUGAAAAACGCUACCCGGUUGCGACGGGUGUUGCAUGGAAUACGUGUAACGACGCCCCCAUUUCCCCGCCUAUAGACACACGGUGGGAGGGCAGGGACCGAGAGAAGCAGCCAAACAACGCGAGUCUUGUUAUAAAAAAAAGCUCGCUGUUGCUAAGUGGAAGCUACACUUGUAAAGGAAUUUUAACGACACGCUAACGCUAGCUAACUAGUUAGCUGUACGUGCAGCCGCGCGCGACGUGAAAACAAAAGGGGCGAACAUUUGACUUCAGCUCACAGACAACCCGCUGGUGCCCGCUGAGGGUUCUUCAACAUGGUGACUCUGUCAUCUGUCAUCCGACCGCUGGCUUCACAGCUCCAUCGACAGCUCGUCAGACACGCCAGGAGUCAUCGGUUAACGCCCGUCAGGAGGUGCAACCUCACGGCGUGUUCCAGCAAAUAUGUUCUUUCACAGAUUCAUCCCAUGUGGCAGGGACCCCUCGCGGUACCAGGAGGCGAUCGCCAGUCCCCCAUUGACAUCAUUCAACGGAAGAGCGUCUUUGACUCGGAGCUGAAGCCUCUGGUCCCUGAUUACGACCCAGACACCUGCCAGCAAAUGUGGAAUAACGGUUACUCCUUCCUCGUGGAGUAUGACGACACUACAGACAAGUCGACGCUGAAAGGAGGCCCCCUGCAAGACAAAUUCAGGCUCUGUCAGUUCCACUUCCACUGGGGUGAGUGCAACGACUGGGGGUCAGAGCACACCGUGGACAGGAGGCUGUUCCCUGCCGAGCUCCACUUAGUCCACUGGAACUCUGACAAGUAUAGUCUGUUUGAGGAGGCCGUGAUGGAGGAAAACGGCCUGGCUGUGAUCGGAGUCUUCCUGAAGGUGGGAAAGAGGCACGAGGGGCUGCAGAAACUGGUCGAUGCUCUGCCUGCGAUCAGACACAAGGAAAGCGUCGUGGAGUUUACCAGGUUCGACGCAGCCUGCCUGUUACCAAGCAACAUCGACGACUACUGGGCGUACCACGGCUCUCUGACCACACCUCCUCUCACUGAGUCUGUUUCCUGGAUCGUUAUGAAGCAGCACAUUGAAGUCAGCCAUGAUCAGCUGGCGGUGUUCCGGAGCCUCCUGUUCACCUCGGCAGAGGAGGAGGUGCAGAAGAGCAUGGUGAAUAACUUCCGCGUGCAGCAGCCUCUGCGGGGCCGCACUGUCCGCUCCUCCUUCUCACCCUUCCUGCAGGAGGCGCCGUCGGCUGAGGACAAGCACAGCCACUGAUGCUGCUGGACAGAGUACACACACACACACACACACACUAUUCUGUGUCUUUAAUCUAUUAUUUUUAAUUGUUUUAAAACGUCUGGCAUCAUACAAUGAACUGCAGUUACACAUGAUGCUGUAAAAAAAAAAAAAAGCCCAUUUACAUGCGAACGUUUCUGAGUCAGAUGAGGUUUUUAUUUUCUUUUUUUGGGGUUUUAAUGUCUCACACCCAUACGGGACGGUUACUGGAUACAUUUUACAUUUUAUUACGGUCACUGUGCACGAGUUUGUACCUUCAGAGAGCAGAGAGUGAGCUGGCCGUUAAAUGGUCAGCACAGUCCGCUCUGACUUGUCUUGCUCGUGAUGAAUGUUUCUCUCCAUGUAAGGAUUUUGGAGGUGCUGUCUGUUUACACGACAGAGACCAGGACUGGAGUUUACUGCCUUAUGUCUCUUCACUUGUUACUUACGUAAUAUCCGCGACCUUUAAUGGUUUUUAAAUUCCUUAUUUUAUCCUGGAUUGUGUCGUUGUAUGCAUCCAUAUCAUGCAUACAAUAUGUGUUCUCUACAUCUGUUAGAAAGAGAUUAUACUGUAGUGUGUACAGUACGUCUGAUAUUCAGAAUUUCUACCGCGUAAUACUGUCUCAAUUCAUGUGCUGCACCCUUCAGAGGCACCGUCACACCAGAUCCAAUUCAAUUUUUAAUUGAGAUGCAGCUUUUGAAACAGAGCCUUGUGCCAAAUAAGUGACUUGCAGUAAAUGCACAAACAUGCCAGGCUGCUGUAGCACAUGUACUUAAUACUUAAUAAUUAUAACAAUAACACUAAUAAUAAUGAUCUUCUGAUGAAAUCGAGCAGUUCUCGUGAGUACUGUAACCACACAGUGCCUUAAACUGCUGCACAGUGCAAUCAAAGCCACACCAGCUUCAUUGAACUGUGGCUCAACUACAGUCGCUUUACGGCGAAUUUCUCACUGAGAUUCUCGUUCCUCUUCCUCUUCCUCUGAAUAAAGUAAAUAGACUCAGUCAAGCAGAUCCUACAGAGAACUCUGCUCUGGAACUGAGAGAUGAUGCAAAUCCACCACUACACUUCUAUAUAUAUCGACCAACAGAUGUGUCAGUUUCUUUUCUUUUUAACUUCCUUUGUUUCUAUUUUGGGGCAGAAGAAUAAUCAAAGCAACACAAUCACAUUGUACUGUUAUGGGGUUGAGAAUAUAUUAUUAUUAUUAUUAUUAGACUUUAACAGGUCUAAGCUGCUUCUACUUUGAGAUAUUAUUUUAAACCAUGUAGUGAUGCACAAGUGAUACUAGCAAGAAUAAUUGUGUUGGACAAAUACUGUAUAUUAAUGCUGUGUAUAUACAUAUAUAAAUAACCGACUGUCCCGGUACUUUACAUGAUGUUAUAUUGGCUUUGGCUAUUUCAGCUAUGUAAAGGGAUAGUUCAGGUUUUUUAAGGUGAUUUUAUGAGGUGUUAACACAGUUUCUCACUGAAAACAUGGACAUAAUAAAAUCCCCACCAUCUUAAAGGCUUCAAUAUCUUAAAAGGUUCACCACUUAGUCUUACACUUUGGACUUUUUGGACUGGAACCUUUAGCUUACAGCAAACAGGAGGAGUUGCUGCUUCACCUUCAGAUUUAACUCACUCACACAAACUCUCCAAAGAAGAUUUUCUCUUGGAUUGAUUUUGGUUCUCAAAUUGAUUUUGGUACCAGGGAGUGGAAAAACAAGUUUUUGUUUUUACAAGAUUUUGUCACGAAGCAAACUCGUGGUAAUCUUGCAUCAUCUCAGGAAGUCGAGCAAGCUUCACGCUUUGGCUCACGUCCAACAGUAGCAGCGACGUGGGUGAAUCUUACUAUGCAGCACUACUGGGAAGAGAGAGAGAGAGAGAGAGAGAGAGAGGAAAAGCAGAGAAGACAGUUUUUUUUUUAUUUGAACCAUGAGAGGACACGGUCGUCUUCACAGUUCCUGUGUAACGAGACGACGUGAUGGUUAGACACACACUGAAGAGGCCACAGGAGGAGGUGGAGUGCAGGGAAUGUGUGUAUGUGUUUGUUAGUAGCACUUAAAGAGAUAGUUCAGGAAGUGUGGUUGUAUAAAGUACUGAAGGAGCGUGUCCGUGCAAAGCACACAGAUGCUCACUCUCACUGAGAACAAGCCUCAACACAAGGAAAAGCGCAUUUUAGCCACGUAACCAAAGGUUCACCAAGAAGAUCUUCACCUGCUUCAAUCACUGAUAUCUUAAGAACGUGUUUACGUCUUAAUUUCACAUUUUCUGUCUGGAAACCAGAGUUUGUGUCAAUCCUGCACCAAAUCCCAUAAAGAAAAACACUGAUUUGACAUCACAGCUCACAAGAGCUCUCAAUCCACUUCUUACCUAAAUGACACAAGUGUACAUGUUAUAAGAUGAGAAUUUGUUUUCCCAUGUUAGGGUUAUGUUUUCAUGUCUUUGCACUCAAUCUUCCAAAUACCUGAACUAUCCCUUUUCACGGAAUGUCAUGUGGUCACUAUGUGGUAUGUAUGACACUAACGCGGAGAUAAGGGACCCACUGUUGCAUUCAUCUUGUACAACUUUAUUUUAUUGAGUGAUUCAUGCCUUGAUUGGUGUCUUGUGGUCUUUUCCUUUUUCUUUUUUUUCUUUUUUAAAUUAAAAUGCCUAUUUUCCCCCC